AUGGCUAAAGCGAAGCCUCAGUCCAAACACUCCCGGGCUGCCAGGCGGGCAGCCUCACCGAGUGUUGACCUCGACAAGUCUCUGGCCUCCCUUCCCCGUGCCGAGAAGACCGAAUUGCACCGCGAGUCCAUCCUGUCCGACCGUGCUAAUGCCGGUGUGUCGAAGAAGCAGUCAAAACCGAAGGCUAAGUCAAGAGCGCAGCGUCUAAGACAGCAGAAGGGUAUGGAGAGAGCAGAGGCUGUUCUUGACCAGAAGGAGAUCAAGUUGGCGAAGAGUAACAACCGAGCGAAGGUAGUGAAGAAUCGAAGGGCUGACUGGAGCGACCUUAACGGCAAAGCCGCCAAGUUUGACCUCCUAGCCUCCGUGGAGAACAACGACGAUGAUGAUGCUAUGGUCGAUGCCUCCGCCGCUCCCGUAAAGAGCAAACGGGAAACGCCCUCCACACAUGUGACCCAGACUCCCGUAGUCGAUGAACAUGCGCCAAUCGACGAGGACGAUGAGAUCACCUGA